AUGGAUGACUAUAAAGUUGUGAGGCUAACACCCGGACUCUAUCUGUUAGGGUCAAAUCGGAAGUUCUCAGCAGGAUUUGAUGUGACAGCUUUCGGUGGAAGUCAAGGGAGAAAAAAGCAAAGAGGGCUUGGUUUUAUGUCAAUAGAAUUUGUCACUGAAACUUUGGAAGCUGCAAGAAAACCUUUAGUUGCCGCCAUUGAUGGUCCUGCUUUAGGUGGUGGAUUAGAGGUUGCACUUGCCUGCCAUGCGCGCAUAUCAACUUCUGCUGCACGAUUAGGUUUGCCUGAACUUCAAUAUGGAAUUCUUCCAGGACUUGGAGGAACACAACGUCUUCCACGCCUUGUGGGCCUUCCCAAGGCUCUCGAAAUGAUGCUGAUGUCAAAGCCAGUGAAUGGGAAUGAUGCUAAAAAAUUGGGCCUUGUGGAUGCCAUUGCUCCAGCAGAUGAAUUACUUAGCGUAGCUUGUUGCUGGGCCUUGGACAUUUUGGAAUGUAAAAGGCCAUGGGUUCUCAGUCUUUACAGAACUGACAAAUUAGAGCCCCUAGCAGAAGCCAAGGCGACACUUAACCUUGCCAGAGUUCAGAAUAGGAAACGAAAUCUGAAUCUCAAUCACCCAUUGGUUUGCAUUGAUGUUGUUGAGCAGGGUAUAGUUUUUGGUCCUCAAACUGGACUAUGGAAGGAAGCAGAGGCUUUACAUGAACUUCGUCAAUCGCAGACCUGCAGGAGUUUGGUUCACUUUUUCUUUGCUCAACGUGCCACUUCAAAGAUUCCUGGAAUUACUGAUACGGGCUUGCUAUCAAGGAAAGUAAAUAAGGUUGCCAUUAUAGGUGGGGGAUUAAUGGGCUGUGGAAUAGCAACUGUGCUGAUUUUGAACAAUUACCAUGUGAUCGUAAAAGAAGUGAAUGGGAAUUCUCUACAUGCCGGAAUAGGAAGGAUCAGAGCUAAUUUGCUCAGUCUUGCCAAGAAACAAAGAUUUACACAAGAGAAGCUCAAAAAAGCAAUCUCUCUUUUGAAUGGUGUUCUCAACUAUGACAGCUUCAAAGAUGUGGAUUUAGUCAUAGAGGCUGUACAUGAAGAUGUUUCCUUAAAGCAACAAAUUUUUGCCGAUCUUGAUACCUAUUGCCCUCCGCAUUGCAUAUUUGCGAGUAACACGUCUGCAAUUAACUUAAAUUUGAUUGGAGAUAGGACAAAAUCUCAAAAUCGGAUUGUCGGUGCCCACUUUUUUAGUCCUGCUCACAUCAUGCCUCUGCUGGAAAUAGUUCGUACCGAGAGAACGUGUCGUCAGGUAAUUGUCGACUUACUUGAUCUGGGGAAGAGGAUUAAGAAAACUCCAGUUGUUGUCAGAAAUUGCACGGGCUUUGCAGUCAGCCGGAUGUUCUUUCCUUACUCCCAAGCAGCAGUGUUACUCAUAGAACGAGGUGCAAAUGUCUAUCGGAUUGAUCAAGCAAUUGUGAAAUUUGGAGUGCCAAUUGGUCCAUUUAGAAUGGUAGAUCGUAUUGGUUUUGGGGUUGCUAUUGCUGUUGAUACUAACUUUGUUGAGAGUUUUCCUGAGAGAUCCUAUAGAUCAAUGUUGAUUCCUGUCAUGCGAGAAGAUAACCGACAAGGUGAACGGAAUGGGAAGGGUUUUUAUGUGUAUGAUGGCAAGCAGAUCGCUAGCCCAGACCCUGAAGUAAUGAAGUACAUCGAGAAGGCUCGGAGUAUAUCGGAUGUUACUAUUGAUUCCAAAUUAACGAAGUUGUGUGAGGAAGACAUAGUUGAGAUGAUAUUCUUUCCUGUUGUGAAUGAGGCCUGCCGUGUACUCGCAGAAGGAAUUGCAGCCAAGGCAUCCGAUCUUGAUGUUGCUUCUGUGAAUGGUAUGGGGUUUCCAGCUUACAGGGGAGGAAUCAUUUUCUGGGCUGAUUCUCUUGGGUCCAGAUACAUAUGCUCAAAAUUGGAGGAUUGGUCAAAGGAGUAUGGGGAAUUCUUCAAACCUUGUGCCUAUUUAACAGAGCGAGCUUCCGAAGGGACAUCUUUGGGGGCCAUAAUUGAGCAGACUAAUUCUCGGUUAUAAGAUCCAUCUGGUCAUCUAGUUGGCUUGAAGCAUCUUUUUCCUCUUCUCUGCCUGAUAGAUGCUAAAACUACUAAAGGUGAAGGAUAUUGGUAAAGGCAAACAGCUUCAACACCAGAAAGAAGCGUGUACAUUAACAUCAAAACACAUGGAGGAAGCUAUCGCCAGUGGAUGGAAUGAGUAGGGGAAGGCUGGAGUUGAUCUAUUAUUCUCUUAUGAUCAAUUGCAACAGAAUUUCCAGUUGACUUGAUUUUCCUACACAAAAUGAUACAUCCACAGGGCAAAAGACUAGAGCGACAUGCGACUUGAUGAACCUAUAACUUUAUUUAAGGUAUUUUUAAUUUGUUUUUGAUUUAAAGAUAAG